UGUGAAUUGUCGUGCAAGCUCGUUGCAAAAUAACCGGACUAAAUGUGCUUAUUCCGAUUCUAGAUUUGUGUUCGAUCAGAUGAACGGGACGCCACGCGGGGACACCUGCGGGACACAUGGGACCGGACUGGAACUUUUCUCCCUCUGUUGUACAUGUCGGGGUUUUGCAAGUGUGAGCUUGUGUGAGCACUCCUUCGUGAUCCGAGACCAAUCAUUUGACUGGGAUCUGUAAGUGUGUGUGUGUGUGUGUGAGUGUGUGUGUGUGUGUGUGUGUGUGUGUGUGUGUGUGUGUGUAAGCGUAUGCGUGCGAAGACUGGCUAGAAGAGGGGUUGAAGGCAACGCACCCCUCCAUUAGCGGCGGCAUAUAUUUCCCCAAACAAUUUACGCGUAUUCAGGAGGUUACACAAAAUCCGUAGCCGGGGGCGAAAUUACCGUAAUCAAUUGCGACGAGCGGGCAUGCAUCCAUCCGCUCCUCAAUCCUCUGAUUGAAUGGAGAUCGUCUCCAUCAGGCUGAUGCGCAAGUGAACAGAAGAGAGGGGCCACGAAAAUUGCUGCUGGAUUUAGGGAGCGAGAAGUCCAUGAUCAGCAGCCAAGUGAGCGCAGACACUGAUGACGGAACGCUCGGGACAUGAAGCAAGUGCCGCUCCAACAUUAGAUCCCUGACUCGAGGGUCCAAAUAGCUGUGGUUUUACACACGGGACACAGAAACUAGUAUUAUCCAGAUUUCCUUUGGGCCUUAAAAGCAAAAAAGAAACAAACAACAGAAGCAGAAAAAGAGGACAGAGAGCCACCCUGAUAGGGACAGAUGAACAUGGAUGUCCGUUACAGCCAGGAGCCGGAAGUGGGGAUGGUUCUGAAGAACGGCCUGAAGGAAAGCAAGGAGGUGAAAGACGCCCAGGGGAGCCUUUCCAAAACACUCCUGAAGGAACCCCAGGACUCCUUCUCCUCAUCCGGAGCCAUGGAAAAUUGUGAAAAGGGGCGCACGAGCGCCGGAGAUCCUGACUACUGCAGACGGAUUCUGGUUCGAGAUGCCAAAGGCUCAAUCAGAGAGAUCAUUCUGCCUAAAGGUCUGGAUCUGGACCGGCCGAAGCGAACCAGGACCUCGUUCACGGCUGAGCAGCUCUACCGGCUCGAGAUGGAGUUCCAGAGAUGCCAGUAUGUCGUGGGCAGAGAGAGAACUGAACUUGCUCGGCAGCUCAACCUGUCUGAAACUCAGGUUAAAGUGUGGUUCCAGAAUCGGCGUACGAAGCAGAAGAAGGACCAGGGGAAGGAUGCGGAGCUGCGCUCGGCUGCGCACUCGGAGACGGCGGCCACGUGCAGCGUGCUGCGUCUGCUGGAACAAGGCCGUUUGCUAACGCCACCCGGUAUGCCCGGCCUGCUGCCCCACUGCGCCAGCUCCUCGCUGGGCAUCGCUGCUAACGGAGGGUCCUCCUCCAGCAGCGGCACGAGCUCAGCCACAGCUUCCAGAAGCCCUCCACUGCCCGCCAUGUCCAGCUCAAGCACGCUAACCAGCGCUCAUCACGGGCUCUUCAGCUUCCCUAUGCCCACGCUGCUGGGAGCCGUGGCAUCGCGGAUCUCCUCCGCGCCGCUAGGCAUGGCCGGCUCGCUCGCCGGGAACCUGCAGGAACUCUCAGCCCGCUACCUGAGCUCCUCGGCCUUCGAGCCGUACUCGCGGACCAACGGCAAAGAGGACAAGAAAGUUUUGGAAUAAUGUCCAUUUUUUUUUCUUUCUUUCUCUUCAUUUCUCCACAUUUGGUUUGUUUUUGUUCAAUUUCUUUUCUCCGUGUUCUUUGUGUCAUCCGUGCCGUGCUUGUCGGUCCCCAUGUCUGUUCUUCGUGUUGUCAGAAUGCACCGGCGAGGCCUCUCGGAAAUGUGACCAAGCAGAAUUAGGACUCGUUCACCUCUCAGACAAGAGGAGAUAUUUUCCCAGCUUCUUGCACUACUUUAUAGUUUCGUCACCUUGUCAGGAAUUUGAAAGCGUGAGAAAGGCACGUAGCAAGAGGCAGAAAAAAAAAAAGAAAGUUUAACCAGCACAAUAAAUAUUUUAUUUCUCCCAUCCAUCUGGUUCAACCAGAGUUUCUCAAAGUUUGUAAACUGUUCUGCAAUUGUAAUGCUGAAAAAAAUAAUCGUCUGCCUGUUUUUUUACAAAGCUGAUGGGUGAAAAGCGACCGAAAUGUAAUUUUUUUGGCUUAAAUGAUUACAGUAAAACACACUGUCUGGUUUUCUAUUUGUGUAAUCGUAUUUAUAUGAUGAAGAUGGCAUGUAGCGGCCGCUUAUUUAUCUCUAACUGGAUUGACUUACUUACGUUUUGAUUUUCACCCGAUUUAUUUUUUUUUUACCAACACCAGCACCAGUUAAACACAGUAUUUUAUAAAUUAAUUAAUGAGUUUACAUUCCAGUCAGACUUUUCGUCCGCCUGUUUUAAAUCCUGUCGAGCCGUUCCAACUCGUCUGGUUGUCCGGUGAAUUUUUUGUGAGGGCUUUGUUUUUCUUCAUGUGCAGUUUCCCGGAGGCCAUCUCACUCGGUGUGGUUUCAGUGUCUUCAGUGAAUAAUGCAGUCUUGCUCUUCUUGCGUAUGUGUGUGAUGGUCCUGUAGUCCUGAGUUCCAUGUUUUCUCGCGUAAGUGUUCUUUCCCCCCCCUCCUGAGUUAAGUUCGAAUUUCUUCACAGUUGCUCCGAGGCCUUUGACGGAUUCCCAGAUUUUUUUUGGACGCUUUUGCAAAUGAAAAAACAAACAAAAAAAGGCACGACCCUUUAUUUUUUUUUUUUUGCCGGUUAAAUGAAACAAUGUUUUUCAACCUUUUUUUCCCCCCCACGCUGGAAAAUCCGACACGGCUUUUAACUAUGAAAAGAACAAAAAAAUAGAGCUGGAGAGACGGUACAACGGAGAGACGGAGAGAAAAAAGGCCGCUAUGGGCGAGGACGAAGGAGCGAAAAACUAUUGUAGUAUCAAAUCAAGCAAAAUGAGAAUUGUAACUAAAAAAAAAAACAAAUUGUUAUUUUAUUGUAAAUUAUUUCAUGUCUGUAAUAAAUAGAUUAGUCUAUUUGCAAAAAAAAUGCAAGCGUGAAUGUAGGGGGACGUUCCCAAGCUCGUCCCCGGUGCUGUUGUUCUUAAACAUGUU